AUGACUUCGUCGAGAUAUUUCUCUAACACUGUCAGCUGCGAAGAUUCACUAUCAGCUGAAGUUCCAUGUAUUGGAGAAGUCGAUCUUUCGUCAACCUGCGGCUGUGAUGAUUGUGGUGCCAUUCUCGGCGCCGGCGAGUUUGGAGAAGUCGGUGAUAGAGAACCAGCUUCUGGAGAACCAUCACACGACAAGAAUUUACUGCAAGUAACUAUUAUUUUUGAAAUUUAA